CCGAUCCGGAUCUUCAUCCUCAGAGCUCGAGCAACAACACUGAACCGGGUCAGCUCUGUUCGAAGUGACUCAUGGCCGCCAAUUCGAAAAUGGCGAUGGCUUCUCUGGCAGCUCAAAUUCGCCCCUUCACAUGUUUAGCCGCGUCUCAGCCAUCACGACUGGCUCCUCAUCCACCAGACCUCGUCCGUUGGAUCAAAAGAGAAGGCGGCUUCGUUCACCACGCAGUUAAGCUCUCUCAGGAGACUCAAUUUGGUAUCGGCCUCAUUUCCACCGAGCGAAUCCCUCAAGGCACCGACCUAAUCUCUCUUCCUCCUCACAUUCCCUUACGCUUCGAAUCAGACGAUGCGUCAUCGUCUUCUUCCUCUCUCCUCACCGCUUUGGCCCGUCGAGUUCCCGAAGAACUAUGGGCAAUGAAAUUGGGAUUGAGAUUGUUGCAAGAAAGAGCCAAUGGUGAUUCAUUCUGGUGGCCAUACAUUAGUAAUCUCCCGGAAACUUAUACUGUUCCUAUAUUCUUUCCCGGUGAAGAUAUCAAGAACUUGCAAUAUGCUCCUCUUCUUUACCAGGUCAAUAAAAGAUGCCGGUUUCUUCUUGAGUUUGAGCAAGAGAUUAGACGUACUCUUGAAGAUGUUAAGGCUAGUAGUGAUCAUCCUUUCAGUGGACAAGAUGUUAAUGCAUCCGCUCUCGGAUGGACCAUGUCAGCUGUUUCAACUAGAGCGUUUAGGUUACAUGGUAAUAAAAAGCUUCAAGGUGGAGGAUCUUCUGAUCAUGUCCCCAUGAUGCUUCCUUUGAUUGAUAUGUGCAACCACAGCUUUAAACCGAAUGUUCGGAUCAUUCAAGAACAGAACGGAGCUGACUCAAAUACCUUAGUUAAGGUUGUUGCAGAGACUGAAGUCAGAGAAAACGAUCCUUUGCUACUCAAUUAUGGUUGCCUUAGUAACGAUUUUUUCCUUUUGGACUACGGAUUUGUCAUUGAAUCAAAUCCGUACGACACCAUUGAGCUUAAAUACGAUGAACAGCUUAUGGACGCUGCAAGCAUGGCGGCUGGUGUUUCUUCCCCAAAGUUCUCUUCACCAGCUCCAUGGCAACGUCAGCUGCUUUCCCAGUUAAAUUUGGCCGGAGAAAUACCAAAUCUGAAGGUAACCAUAGGAGGCCCAGAGCCAGUAGAGGGACGACUAUUGGCAGCCAUAAGGAUACUGCUUUGUGGUGAUUUGGUGGAAGUUGAGAAGCAUGACUUAGACACGCUCAAAUCUUUGUCCUCCACAGCUCCUCUUGGAAUUGCAAACGAGAUGGCCGUUUUGCGCACUGUAAUUGCCCUCUGUGUGAUUGCAUUGAGCCACUUUCCGACAAAGAUAAUGGAAGAUGAGGCUAUAAUCGAACAAGGUGUCUCAGCCACAGCAGAAUUGAGUAUCAAGUACCGAAUCCAGAAGAAGUCAGUGAUCAUAGAUGUCAUGAAAGACCUCACGAGAAGAGUUAAGGCGUUAUCGUCUAAGGAGACACCGAAUGCUGCAUAAGAACCAUACUAUUACAUGAAUCUAUGAACUAGAGAAGGGAUAUUGGAUUAGAGGCAAAAGAUAUGUCGUGUCGGGAUAUUUCACAGGAAACUCAUCAUAUUCACCAGAGAUAUUUACAUUGAAAGAUAAAAGAGAAACCCUAAUACACAGAGGAUCACCUAUCUCUAUCUCUCCCUCUCUCUCUUUGUUAUCAAUUCCCAACGGAGAUGGGUCUUUCUCUCUCUCCUAAGCCCAAGGGAGAACGAGAACGCCGUGGACUCACGCUCUCGCGAAGCACCCUUGGCAUCUCAGCCUGCCUUAGAGACGGGUGUUGUAUCUUCUCAAACUCUCUCUUGAUCUUCACGACUUGGCUAUGGAUAGGAGGAUCAAUCUCAUGCCCAUCAUGUACAUGAUUGGCCUUAUUGUCCAUGGAAA